AUGAGUGACAAGAGCAACCGCGAGCUGUACCAGCAGUACACGGCCUUGGCCCCCAGGCUGCUGGCCCGGGUCUCCAAGCUCCUCAUCCUGUGCCGCGGCGCGGGCAUCGCUGUCCCCAAGGGCGUCAGGAACAUCUUCGAGUUCACCUGGGAGGAGCUCAUCACCGACCCCGCGGUGCCCACCGCAUCCAGCAUCCCAGGCCUGGACGUCAGCCUCGGAUGUCCCCCAGUGCCACCCGUGGAACCCACCCCGGUGCCAUCCCUGGUCCAGAAGAAGCCGCCCCGGGCUCCACCCCCGCUGUCCACUCUGCCCACCGCCGCGGGCUCAGCCAAGCUGUCUGGCCCCUCUCCCAUCCCCGCCCGCCACACGGGCCAGGAGACCCUGCACAGGUUCCAGCGACAGUCCAUCCACCUGCUGACCGAGCUCCUCGCCCUGAAGAUGAAGGCCAUGCUCGAGUCCGCCUCUGCAGGCGCCAACCCCAUGGACAUCACCAGGCGCUUCGUGGAGGCCAGCCAGCUCCUUCACCUCAGUGCCAAGGAGACGGCCUUCGACUACCUGAUCGGCACCGUCGGGAGGAACGGCUACAGCGCAGGGCCCGCCGUGAGAGAAUCCCUCAGGAACAUGUCCGCCAUGGGUGUGAACUCGCCUUACCAGCUCAUCUACCAGUCUUCCACCGCGUGCCUCAGCUUCUCCCUGUCCACCGGGAAGGAGAUCAAGAAGAAAACAGGUCCCGGCAAACUCAAGAUCCCAGAGGACUCGAGUAUGUCACCCCCGCAGCAAACAGUGGGACCCUCUCCUGAAAGUGUGGAGUUCACUGACCCCUGUCCCGAGGCUCGGGAAAAGUUGCAGGAGAUGUGUCGCCUCAUAGAAGCCGAGAGGACCUCGUGGAAAGGCAAGAGCGUCUUCUACCCCAUGAUCCUCCGCAACUACUCCACCAAGCUGCCCCUGCACCCCUCCAAGGGGGACGCGCAGGCGCUCGGGGUGCAGCCGUCCCACGGGGUGUGCGCUCCGGUGGCGACGCCCUUCCCGCACCAGGCCCCCGCCCAGGCCGUCUCCCUGCUGCGUCCCUCUCAGGAGUGGAAGGUGCCCAGGAAGAGCGCCAAGCUGCACUACUCCUUCUACGACGGCUCCUCCUUCGUCUACUAUCCUUCUGGAAACAUCGCCAUGUGUCAGAUCCCGACCUGCUGCCGGGCCAGAGCCAUCACCUGUCUUUUUAGUGACACACCUAACUUCCCCUUUCUGGCCCUGUUCAGCGCCGAAGGCCACGGCUACGUCCACUAUAACGCAAAGUCCUGCUCCCCGAACGUCUUGGUCUUCGAUGAUGAAGGCGGGACCACCAAUGACCACAAGGGCUACAUCGUCCACAAGUGGAGCUGGACCUCCAAGACGGAAACUCUGCUCUCCCUGGAGUACAAGGUGAACGAGCAGAUGAAGCUGACGAUGCUGGGGCAGGACUCCGUCGUGGUCACCUUCACCUCCCUGAACGAGACGGUGACGCUCACUGUGUCGGCCAGAACCUGUCCCCACGUGACCACGCCAGAGAAACGGCCGCCCCGCAGGAUCGGGGGCUCGGACGACAAGGUGUCAAAGCUGACCCGGGCCCUGGUGGAGAUCCAGAGGAGGUUCCAGAAGACGGUGACCCAGUUCAUGAACUCCAUCCUGCUGGCUGCAGGUCUGUUCACCAUCGAGUACCCCGCCAAGAGGGAGGACUCCGACAUCGGCCGGGUGAGGCUGAAGUCCGGGUCUCACCUGGAAAAGGCCUUCAAGUCCAGUUCCCACAUGGCCGACAUCCUCUCCCGCUCCCAGUCGGCCCGGCCAGAUUCCCUUGUCGAAGAGUCUAUAAAGGAGGAUGCAGAGUCUAUUUCCAUGAGCCCCUCCCGGAAGAAGGGCACCAGAGUCCACACCAGGGCCUCCAUCACGUCCAGGGGGAAGAUGGCCAAAGAGGUGCACAGCCCCACGCGGUGGGCGGCCUCGCCCUCCGACUGCCCCCUGAUGCUGCGGAAGCUGCUGCGCAGAGAGGACAUCCGGGCCGGCUGCAGGUGCAUGGUGAAGGCCCCCCUGGUGUCCGACGUGGAGCUGGAGCGCUUCCUGUCGGCACCCCGCGACCCCAGCCAAGUGCUGGUGUUCGGGAUCGUCUCCAGCCAGAGCCCGGGCAGCACGGCGCAGCUGCAGUGGGUGCUGGACACCCUGUACGACCACGAGCAGCAGGGCCGCGCCUCGCCCUGCAUCCAGUGUCGCCACGACCCCUACCGCCUGCUGCGUUACGACCUGCACGGUCCCCUGCAGAAGAGCCCGGCCCUGCUGGCGAAGAGGUUCGCUGUGGUCCAGGGCAUGAUCCUGAUGUUUGCUGGGGGGAAGCUCCUCUUCGGGGGCCGCGUUUUGAACGGCUACGGCUUCAGCAAGCAGAACCUGCUCAAACAGAUCUUCCGGGCCCGGCAGGACUGCAAGAUGGGCUACUUCCUGCCGGACAACUACAAGUUCAGCGUUUCAGCCAUUAUCCCAAGCCUGGAAGAUUCUGAGCCAGCUAAGAAGGCCGCGUCAGGGGAUCUCGAAGGAAGCGUCUCCUCGCUGGCCCUGGGAGACAGGGUGGACAAGGAGAUCGCUUCCCCGGUUGACGUGAAGUAG